UUUAACCGUGACGUUUUUCAUAAAAUUCAAUAGCAAAAAAGUCGCUGAAAUCAUCAUGUCACAAGCCCCAAAGCAAAUGCAGCAAUCAGGGGAUAAAGAUAAAGAAAAGAAGAAGAAAGAGACAAUUUUGGAUCUUGCAAAAUAUCUAGACAAAACUAUUCGGGUCAAAUUCAGUGGUGGCCGAGAAGCUGCAGGUGUGUUGAAGGGUUACGACCCCCUGUUAAACCUGGUACUGGACGACACAACAGAAUACCUCAGAGAUCCGGAUGAUCCAUACAAGCUUACAGAUGACACGAGAUCUCUAGGAUUAGUGGUUUGUAGAGGGACCUCAGUUGUACUCAUCUGUCCUGCAGAUGGAAUGGAGGCCAUUGCCAAUCCUUUUGUUCAACAGGAAGGAUAGAAAUGAAAGUAGAGGGUGUCAAGGACUCAACAGGAAGGGUAGAAAGUGAAAGUAGAGGGUGUCAAGGACAUGCUAUUUUCUGUUUUGUAUGAUAUUUGAGAAUCAGAAUGUGGAUGUGGAUGUAAGAAGGCAGCAAAUGUUGAUUAUAUAUGUCCACAUUGUUAUCAUAAUUAUUGACAUGAUGUUUUAAGGAUCUAAAUUUUCACUGUUUGGUCUACAUUGAACAUCUGUAAGUGUAUUCAAGACAUGUACAUGUGUCUGUUAUGUAUUAUGAAUAAGGACAACAUUUAGAUGCUUAAAUGAGAUUUAGUAGGAUCAUGAUGAUGAAAAGUUCUAAAAUAUUCUUAAUCUAUCUUUUACUGAAGUUACAAGUGAUCAAAAAAUCUUUUUAAAGUGCUUAUUAAUGCAUGUAUACUCACUGUGUAGACGUAAUUGUUCAUUUUAUUUUGAUUGUUGUAUGAAAGUUUUUGUUUUCAUGAGGUUUUUAAAUCAUUAUGAUAUAAAUUCCACAGACAUAUAAGUUUUUUAGAACUAAAAUGCAUCAUUUCUGAUUUUGACUUUGCUCUAGUUAAAAGCCAUGCAUAAUUUACACCACUGUUAAUGAAAAAAAAUGUACAAAGUGUACUAUGAAUGUGAAAUUUAAGUGUAGACUAUGCUUCACCUUUAAUUUGUGUGGAAGCAACUUUUGUGAAAAUAUUCUCCUCCAUAACAAAGUUCUGUAACUUUUUCAUUUUGUAGUACUACAAAAACAUACAGUUUUGAUUUGAUAACCAUAGAGCUUUGUACAAGUUUUGAAAACAUUAAGAUACAUAUAAAUGUAAAUAUUUAAAAAAAAAAUUCAAGAUACUAGUAUUUUUUCUUUACUAGAUCACCCGAGUUACUAAGGCAAUUAUAUCUGAGUGAUUUUAUCCAAAAUCUUCUGUCCUGUGACAUAAUGGCUAAUGGCUGGACCAGUUUUGGUGAAUUUGGAUAAAUUUUAAUUAAAAACAUCAAUGUUUAAAUGGAUGGAUUGAUUGAUUGAAUCAAU